AUGCCUGAGAUAACUACUGUUACUAAAUGUAACUGCAGUAUCUGCUUCAAAAAAGGAUAUCGAUGGGUAUUUCCUGGUGAAGGCUGUUUUGAGAUCACCAAGGGUGAGGGAACUCUGAAGGAAUAUCAUUUCGGACCACGUUCAAUGGCUCAUAGGGUCAAUUCUCUUCAAGAUAUUGACCAAUGGUCCUUAACAGUUAAUAAACAUGAUGGCCUUAAUCGUGAACCGCAAUCCGUUGCUCCGAAAUACAGUGGCGAAUUACCAACAGCUAAGUUCGAAAAUGAGAAGCUGUAUACUGGUGGUUGUCAUUGUGGUGCGGUUACCAUCGCAUUCAAGACUCAAGCUCCUCUCACAAAGGGACAUGAAUUUAUUCAGGAGUGCAACUGUAGUAUCUGUUGUCGACUUGGCACUGUCAUCAGUUAUGCCAGGAAAGACCAAGUGGUCAUUUCGGGCACAUCGAAUUUGACAAACUAUUCGUUUGGUCAGGGAUAUAACGUCUUCAGAUUCUGCUCAACUUGUGGAAUCACUGUCGACGUUGACAAGGACAUGAGUGCAGUGUCUAAAUCACCAAAAACUUGGGAAUCGUGGACACCAGCGCAACGGGAAAGGUGGCCAAAUAUCCAUCCGGUGAACUUAAGAUGCUUUGAAGGGAUUGAAUGGGAUGAUAUCAAUAUCUACAAGGCAAACUCGAGAGCGACAGAUCCGCAAUACGUUGUUCCAGAAUAA